AUGGCGGCGGGUGGGGUGGGCGCGGGGCGGAAGCAGGUGCGGCAGGAGGAGCUGCGGCGCCUCAUGCGGGAGAAGCAGCGGCAGAACGCGGGCAAGAAGCGGAUCGACUCGCCCUUCGCCAAGUACAACAGCCUGGGGCACCUGAGCUGCGCGCUCUGCAACGUGGCGGUCAAGAGCGAGCUGCUGUGGCAGACGCACGCGCUGGGCAAGCAGCACCGCGAGAGAGUUGCAGAGUUAAAAGGCACGAAACAGACAGCAGCUGGUUCAGCUGCUAGUACAUCAUCUCAUCCUGUCAAGAGGAAAAAUGAGGCAGAAAAUACAGAAUUAAAGAGAACGAAAGGUUCAGAUGACAAACCACACACGUCUACAUCUGGGCUACCAGCAGAUUUUUUUGAUGAAACAGAGCAAAACGGUGCAAAACAACAGCUUUCAAAGGGUCUAGGUCCUAGCUUAUUGUCAGGAAAUUAUGAUGAUGAUGAUGAACAGGAAGAUCACUCAAACAAAUCAUCUGUUACGCAUAAAACUGAAAUUCCACCUCCAGCUCAAGAAGUAAUAACUAAUUCUCUACCUACAGAUUUCUUUGACAGCAAAACUACGGCUGCACCUGUAGUUUCACAUUCAGGAUCCAUACAGAAACGAGAGAUACAAGAGAAGGUAGUGGAAAGGAAAGAAAACACAGCUGAAGCUUUACCAGAAGGGUUCUUCGAUGAUCCUGAAGUAGAUGCAAAAGUACGAAAAGUUGAUGCUCCAAAAGAUCAAAUGGACAAAGAAUGGGAUGAAUUUCAAAAGGCGAUGCGACAGGUCAACACAAUUUCAGAAGCAAUAGUGGCAGAAGAGGAUGAGGAGGGACGACUGGAUCGUCAGAUUGGAGAAAUUGAUGAGCAGAUUGAAUGUUACCGUCGUGUUGAGCUGUUGCGUAAUCGCCAGGAUCUGAUGAAGGAAAAAUUUAAAGAAGCCAUGAGAUUAAAAUCGACACAAGAGAAAGAGGAUGAGAGUAUGGAUAGCGAAGAUGAAGAAGAAUUGCAGGAUUUGCUCUCUCAGGACUGGCGGGUGAAAGGGACAUUGUUGUAGCAUUUCUGGAACAUGACUGAUACUCUCUUUACCUGUGAUGUUACUUCCAUUAUCAGAAGUGAGAUGUCUUUGUUUAAAAUAUUUAUUUAAAGAGGAUUGUGAGAUGGUAGAGAGCCAACUAUGGAAGAAAAAAAUCAUUGUGGAUCUACAAUGGUGUACUACAUGCUGUAAAAAACUGUAUAUUGCAGAUGUUUUAAGAUUGAAUGUAACUUUCCAAUUAAAAAUACUGAUUUCCUACCAGAGAUAUUUUAAUGGGAUUAAGAGUAACUUAGAAUCUCUAACAUUUUUGGACAUUAGAUGUGUACAGUAAGUUGGAGAUUUGUGUCAUUGUGUAUGGAAGUAAAGAACUAGCAGACGUGAUGGUAUUUUCCCCCAUGAUGGGGUGAAAUAAAGGAAAGCCUUAUGCAUUUAUAUUAUUUCAGAAGUUUUAAAACUCUCUUCCCUCUGACCCCAACAAAGUAUGCAAGUCUUUCUGGAUCUGUUACAGUUUCUCUGAUGUGUUUGGAUAUACCAAGCCCAGAAAUGCUGUGCAGCCUCUUCUCCAGUGUGUACUCUGUGAUCUGCCAAAAGAGGUAGGCAGUGCUGAAGACUUUUCUUUAUAGCAUUAAUCAUUUUGUUUAAUAAAGCUGUAGCAUGCCUCACACUUCUUAAACUGGUGGUAGGAAAACAGAGCAGUUACAUAUUUGACAUUUUAUUACCCUUUCAUUUAGUUAUGCAAGGAGAUAAGGUAUUGUCCUGGAAACUUUGCUAGGUAAAAUCAUUUAUUUAACUGUAAAUACUAGAUGUUUCUCUAAGGUAAAGAAGUACAUCUACAAUGAUUUCUGUUCUGCCAGACAGAGAAGUAAAAUUAAGAACCAACAAGCAGGACAAAACUAGGGCCCAGAAAGCAGAAACUAUCUUGAGCUUUGGUAAAUGCAAAGCAAAAAGCUUUUUCUAAACGUAUUAUUUUCCUUUGCAAAUACUAAAAAUGACAAACUUACUGAGUUACUGAGGGAUUUCAAAAAAUAGGAGACGUGAUUUAAUUUUUAUCACAAAGUGAAGUUGCGAAAGAAUAGCUUAAUAGUUCCUUCUUUUUCUUCCUAAAGUUUUAAAACAAGUUAGUCAUGUCCACAGGGAGGAAAAUGAGCUUUGCUAUUAAGAGAGAUACUCCGCUCAAAGGUGUUUAUUAAGUAAAUAAUUAAGGGGAAAUGUGUUGCAUACUGAAGCUAGAUGUUUAAUUUUCCUCCUUUCAAAGAAACACUUGUAUAAUGGGAGCCUUUUCCUUAUUGUGAGAUGCUGUUUUACCACUUCUGUUUUCCAUGAUCCUUGAAUCCAACUCGCUAUGUUUAUAAAACUGUCAAAAAAGCAAUAGUCUUUAAAAAUUUGGUGCAUCUGUUAUUCCCAUUCAUAUAUGCUGGCUGACAGCCUUGGUUUCUUGGUUAAUUUAAUAACUGCAGUGUUGAGUGAAAUAUUUUUUAGUAACACCUACUUACGUUUAUGGUUAAGAUAUCAACAUUUGUGAUUUAAUAAACAUUCACAUUAUUGAAACAAAUUAUGAUUUGACAAGUUAGAGAAAAUUAGUUGGGCCAAAACUGAAAUAAUAAAGGCACUUCCUGCUA